AUGUUUCCCAAAAGCAACAUCAAUGACCCUUUUUCCUACACCUCACAAGAAUUGCUUAAACAUUCUUAUACACAUGAUGCUCAUUAUCAAAACCCUAAUUCAUCUUCAAUAAUAGUAGAAGAUCAUCCUUUUUUCUUGAAUAACUUUCCUUCUCCAUUUCUUGAUCACCAUGAAUCCCCAUUAAGCCAAAUCUUUUCCCAUCAACAACAACAACAACAAGAGCUAGAGCCUAGUGAUCACCAUCCUGAUGCUGAAGUUGAUCCUGAUACUUCAAGAUUUGGACGUGCUAACGUGAAAAUCAUAGAAGACCAGAGUUCAAAUCCCAACGCAGAGCCUGUAUCGCCAUCAUCAAAGAAGAGAAAACUAAGUGCAAAGCCGCGAAGGAGAACAGGAAAAAAGGAUAGACAUAGCAAGAUUUGCACAGCUCAAGGUGUGAGAGAUCGAAGAAUGAGAUUAUCACUUCAAAUAGCGCGUAAGUUCUUCGAUCUACAAGACAUGUUAGGGUUUGAUAAAGCAAGUAAAACUAUAGAAUGGUUAUUUUCCAAGUCCAAGAAUGCCAUCAAAGAGCUCUCAAGAAACAUCCCACAAGAGAAUAAUACUUGUAGUGAUCGAAACAACAUAAUGAGUGAGUCCCAUAUAUUGGAAUGUGAAGAUCAUAGAAAAUUGAAAAAAAUGGAGUUAAAGGACAAGCCAAGAGCAAAGGCAAGGGAGAACACCAAAGAAAAUAUGAUGAUCAAAGGCCACAAAAAGGGCAAAGAAAUGUAUGAGGCAAACCCUAAAAAUGUCAAUAAAUUAGGGUCAAACUCUCAAUCUCUUGAAAAUAAAUUUGCUAAUGUUGGGAUCAUGGAAAGUUAUUUAGGGGGUACAAGUUCUUCAAUUAGUUCUAUAUUUGAUUAUGAGAAUAGUGGAGUCAGAGGAGGCAAUAUAGAUUAUUUUGACAAUUGUUACAUGGGAUUUCUUGAAAAUUGGGACAACAAAAAUUCCAACAUCAACUGCAGUACUACAACAACAAACGAGGUACAAAUCCCAUUUGCAGGUAAUAAUAACACUAGCUCAAUUUAUUUGGACAAUUCCAGGUAUCAAUUUCAGUUUCUGGACCAAGAAAACCAUUUCUCCUGUAGGCAUUAG